AUGGCCAAGGACGCUCUGAUCUUCCGUCCUGGUAAGGUCCAGGGUGUGUGCCGCUACCCUCCACACGAAGAGCGAGACGCAGAGUUGGAGAAGAUCCAUCGGCACUUCUCGCUGCACCCCAUGGGCCUUAUUCGAGACUACCCUCGCCAUAUCCCCUAUGCCAGUGACAAGAAAACCUUCCAAGAAAAGACUGGCCGAGAUAGUUUUCAUGUCUUUCAGUACACGUUCCGGAUUCCUGGCGAUGAUAAAGAAUGGCAUGUCAUGUGGGACUACAAUAUUGGCAUCGUGCGAAUUACGCACCUGUUCAAAUGCAACGGCUACUCGAAGGCAAACCACCCCGGCAUUACCGGUGGAGCGCUUUCCGCCCAAGGAUACUGGAUGCCCUACGACGCCGCCAAAGCAAUGGCAGCAACGUUCUGCUGGAAAAUCAGGUUUGCACUGACUCCACUGUUUGGUACAGACUUCCCGGGCAUGUGUAUUCAUCCGACAGACCGCAAGAACUAUGGUCGCAUGGUGAUCCCGCAGGAGAUUGUACAACGUGCUACCAAGACGGCCAACUACUAUCGCUCCCUGGAGUUGAGUGCUGGCGCCGGUGUCAGCCCUUCAGCAUCGAUGCCUUCCCCGACACGGAGCCUUAUCAACACACGGCUAUUAACCGGGGAAGAGACAUCCUUGGCUCUGGAUCUGCUCAAAAUGCCGCGUCAUAGAUAUGCCGAGAGUAGCCCUAGUGGCCGGGAAUCCUCCACGGAGCCCUACUGCAUGUCGCCCAAGAGCCUGUCGCCAUUCUCUAACUUCACGCCGAUCAACCCCCCGCGCAGCUCAGAUGUCCCUCCCCCGCGCGUAGAGUCACCGCAGAGCAUUAUCCGUGCUAUAUCGGAUGCUAUACGCCCUGAGAAUCCUCCUGGACCUAUCGGCGAGGAAAGUGACAUGGAGAGCGAUAGCUCGUCUAACAUGUAUUCCACCCCAAACUGUCCUUCUGUUGAUGGGCCUCCUGAUGCCGCUUCAGAUCUGGAAAUCAGACAGAGUGACUAUGAUGAUACGACCGACUCGGAUGAUGAUUGGCAGGUUGACGACGCCAAUGAUGAAGACUACCGUGGACCAUCCCUCAAGAGAUCCCCGAGUGGAUAUCCGAUUAUCAAGAACGGGUCUACUAGCCGUGACUCCCAGAGCAAGAAGAACCCCAGUCGGAAGUCUCGACCGGUACGGGCUGCGCAGGUACCUCACUUCGCCCGUGAGGUGAAGGCUGCUGAAGCUCUGCUUCGUCUACACAAGAAUGAGCUGGAAAGCACUGACGCUCAAUCCGAGAUUGAUGAUGACGGGCUUGCCACGCCGUUCGGCUGCCGUUCUCUUGACGGCGGGGCCCCUGGCAGUCGUAAGCGACGUCGGGCCUCGCUUUGA